CUCACAACUGCUGCGGUGUGCUUAGAUCAAGUGAAAAUAAGUCCAGAUGUAUUCUAUUAUUUUGAACUACCAUUUUAGCCGUUGAAGCACUGCGCAUUUUCGUAAACGAAAAAAAUCAACUGCAGUGUGUAAUUGUACUCAGCACAACUGGGGUAUUUUAUAAGUGUGUGUGUGUGUGGGUGUGAUAAGAUUGAUAAGAAUUAUAUACAAACUCUUACAAGACAACCAUUGAGACAGAUGGAUAACAGCUCGGACGGAUCGAUGAAAAGUGAAUCGCAGGAAAUGGGAGGAACAAAAGUCGAGAGGACUAGAAUAGUAAUCGUGGGCGCAGGUAUUGCAGGUUUAGCAGCAGCUAAAGCACUGGAGGAUCAUCAGUUUCAUGAGUAUAUUUUGCUCGAAGCACAAGAUUACGUGGGAGGAAGGAUAAAAUCAAUCUACUGGAACGACAAUUGGAUAGAAGAAGGAGCACAAUUCCUCCACGGAAGUGAAAGUGAAUUAGCUAAAUUCUGCACAAAUCACAAUUUAAUUUCUGAAGAAGAAUCAGCAGAAGGAAAAGGAAUUUACGUACGCAAUGAUGGAAUGCAAUUGGAUAAAAACUUAAUUCAAGAAAUAGAUUAUUUAAUCAGAGAUAUUCUUGAUGAUUGUGAAAUAUAUACUCAUUACAAUGAAGCUAGGCACGAAGAAAUACCGAAAAGCAUCGGGUCACACCUGAAACUUGAAAUAGACCGACAUAUUUGGUCCAAAGGAGAUCGUAGCAACAGAAAUUUGAAACAAAAUAUUAUAGACUGGAAUUAUAAGUUUUUAAUAAUUGAUAAUUCGUGUUCGAAGCUUGAAGAAUUAUCUGCUAAACAUUGGGGGCAGUUUCGAGCCGCCGGAGGUCCUGAACAUUUAAUUUUCAAGCAGGGUUACAGUUCUGCUGUUGAAUUGAUCUCUAAUAGUUUGAAAAAAGCAAAUUUGAGGCUCAAUUCACCAGUCAAAAAGAUUAAAUGGGACGAAAAAACAUCGACAGAUUCAGCGCCGGUGGUUUUGAAUUUGGAAGACAGAAAAAUUCUCGCAGAUUGCGUAAUAGUGACCUGUUCCCUCGGUUUCCUAAAAGAACAUCACGAAGAGAUGUUUGAACCGUCGUUACCACCUAACUUAGUCCUUGCAAUUGAGUCGUUAGGGUUUGGACUAAUAAAUAAAGUAUUUUUGGAUUUUGGGGAGGCCUGGUGGAAGCCAGGAGUUCAAGGAUUUCAAUUAAUUUGGCAUGAGGACAAUAAAGCGUCCACGACUGAUGCUGAAUUAGCGGCUUGGACUAGGGAUUUGACUGGUUUCGAUGUUCUCGAGAAUCAUGAGGCAGUUUUGAUUGGUUGGGUGGGUGGGAAGGGGGCAAAGCUGAUUGAAAGUUUGACUGAAGAAGAGGUCGGCAAUGAUUGCAUCGAUCUAUUAAGAGUUUUUCUGAAGAGAGAGACUUUGCCAGCGCCAAAGAGAUGUAAGAGGUCCCAAUGGGGAAAGAAUAAAUGGGUGAGGGGCAGCUAUAGUCAUAUAUCGACGACCUGUGAUGAGACUGCGGUGACUCCAAAGAGUUUAGCCAGUCCUGCAUGGAGAGAAAUUCAUCGGAAAGGAAAAUUAAAGAAUGUUCCUGCAAUAAUGUUCGCUGGAGAGGCAACUCACGAGUGUUUUUACUCAACAACCCACGGAGCCUUCGAUUCUGGGCGAUCCCAGGCUCUCAACUUUCUGCGACACCACGUAUGGGAAUGAAAAUAGUUCAAUAUUUCAGUUAAAAAUUUUACCAUUAAAGUACAGUGGACUCUUCUUAAUUUCCAUAGCUCAGGGGGUGUCCUUGAAGCCAUUGUAUGUGAAAUGUGAGUAAAAAAGAGACCCCCACUCCGCCAGUUCGGGCGGCAUUAGAGCACUGAUCUCUAUACUACAUAACUGGAUAGACUAUUCGUGAUCGCAACGUAGA